AACGCAGAGACUCCGCAAGGCGAAGCACGGAGGAGCGACGCUUGGAGGUGAAAGUCUUUUGGAACACGUAAGACCUUUUGUUGCACACGAGACCGGGCGAACCGACAAUCCGAACAGAAGGAAAAACUUUGGGGCUUGUCACGUCCCCAGGAUCCGGCUCGUCGGUUCCAAGCAGCAGGCGGAGGGCUUGGCCACCGUAGACAGGCUGCUGGCUAAUCCUUCAGGGCUCACUUAAAAGAUUAGAGGUGGGUGGUGCUAAGAUUCCCCGGACGGGGUAAGGAGUUUGGAGAAGCAAACAAGCACAGACUUUGAAUUCACUUCUUGUGCAGCACAUGAGCUCCAGCUGUCCGUACUUCUGUUCUCGCAGCCGCAGAGGAGCCGGGGAGAGCGAAAAGGAGAGCGACGGACGCAACCGGGGAAACCAGGAUAAAAAGAAAUAGUCGCACUUUAACCCAUCGAAGGAGGAACAUUUUUUGGACCCAUUUCUUCGACUUUUUUGUUAAAAAAUUGAACGAAGCGCCCCCCGGAAGAAGCCCAUUCAUGAAUCUCAUCUGAGGGUCCUACGGCCGGCGUCGGGUGCAGUCAUGCAGUUCCAGUGGAAUAUUGUGGCUUGCGUGAACUCUUUACUCGUUGGGUUGGUCCUCUGGAGCUCGGCCGAAGAGUACGACUACUACAGCUGGCAGUCCGACAACUUCCAGAACGGGCGCUUUUACACCAAGCAGAGCCAGUGCGUGGACAUCCCCCAGGACCUCGGCCUCUGCCACAACGUGGGCUACAAGAAGAUGAGGCUGCCCAACCUGCUCGACCACGAGACCAUGCCCGAGGUCAAGCAGCAGGCCAGCAGUUGGGUGCCGCUGCUGGCCAAGAGGUGCCACAGGGACACGCAGCUCUUCCUGUGCUCGCUCUUCGCGCCCAUCUGCCUGGAGAGACCCAUCUACCCGUGCCGGUCGCUGUGCGAGGUGGUGCGCGACAGCUGCGCGCCGGUGAUGGAGUCCUACGGCUUUCCUUGGCCGGAGAUGCUGAACUGCAAUAAGUUCCCCAUCGAUAACGACCUGUGCAUCGCCGUGCAGUUCGGCAGCAAGCAAGUCACUCAGCCACCAGUAACCAAGAUCUGCACUCAGUGCGAAAUCGAGCAAAAAUCCGAGACCAUGCGGGUCCAGUACUGCGCCAGCGACUUCGUUGUACGGAUGCGAAUCAAAGAGGUGAAGAUUGAGAACGGAGACCGAAAGCUCAUCGCGGCUCAGAAGAAAAAGAAAGUCUUGAAAGCGGGGAAGCUAAAGAGGAAAGAGUUCCGCAAGCUGGUUUUGUACAUCAAGAACGCGGCGGGGUGCCCGUGCCCCCAGCUGGAGAACCCGAGCGGCAGCUUCCUCAUCAUGGGCCGCAAGGUGGACAAUAAGCUUCUGCUGACCGCCAUCUACAAGUGGGACAAGAAAAGCAAAGACAUGAAGUACGCCGUCAACUUCAUGUUCACCUACCCCUGCUCCGAAACCAUUUCCCACAGCGCGGGGUCACACUUAGGGUCUUUCCGCUAAGAGGGACAUCUAGAGAACUUGUGAGAAGAAAGAAGAAACCCUCACCCAGCCUUACCAAAUGGACUUUAUAUCUUAGCAAUAGCAGUAACAUAGCAUACUCCGCUUACCAUACCGAGAACACUAGGGUAGUAGUCAUUGUGAGUAAUACAAGAGACAGGGUGAAGAAUGGGAUCUUUGCAAGAUGAGACGUUGGGAAACCAAAAACGACAAAAAGAAAUACAAAAAAAAACAA